CAGCUGGCAGCUUCCCCUUUUCUGCUCUGCUCUGGGCUCCAGGCUCCUUCUCCCUCAGAGCUCAGAGGAGGGACAGCAGCACCAUGGCCCCCCGCACAGCCGCCAUCCGCCAGACUUGCUGCUGCUUCAAUGUCCGCAUCGCCACCACUGCCCUGGCUAUCUACCAUGUGGUCAUGAGUGUCUUGUUGUUCAUUGAGCACUCAGUGGAGGUGGCCCGCGGCAAGACCUCUUGCAAGUCCUCGAAGAUGGGCUACCUCAGAAUGGCUGACCUGAUCUCCAGCUUCCUGCUCAUAGCCAUGCUCUUUAUCAUCAGCUUGAGCCUGCUAAUCGGCGUGGUCAAGAACCGGGAGAAGUACCUGCUGCCCUUCCUGUCCCUGCAAGUCAUGGACCUCCUGCUAUGCGUGCUCACACUGCUGGGCUCCUACAUUGAGCUGCCCGCCUACCUCAAGCUGGCCUCCCGGAGGAGCCGUGCUGGCCCCUCCAGGGUCCCACUGAUGACCCUGCAGCUGCUGGACUUCUGCCUGAGCAUCCUGACCCUCUGCAGCUCCUACAUGGAAGUGCCCACCUAUCUCAACUUCAAGUCCAUGAACCACAUGAAUUAUCUCCCCAGCCAGGAGAAUAUGACUCAUAACCAGUUCAUCAAGAUGAUGAUCAUCUUUUCCAUUGCCUUCAUCACCGUCCUCAUCCUAAAGGUCUACAUGUUAAAGUGCGUGUGGAGAUGCUACAGAUUCAUAAAGUACAUGAACUCGGUUGAAGAAAGGAGCGACUCCAAGAUGCUCCAGAAGGUGGUCCUGCCGUCCUACGAGGAAGCUCUAGCUCUGCCGUCCAAGGCUCCAGAGGGGGGCCUACUGCCACCCCCAUACUCAGAGGUGUGACCCUCACCAGGCCCCAGCCCUAGUGCUGGGAGGGGCGGAGCUGCUUUGUAAUCCGCUUCUUUGCUUUGGUGGCCUCUGUGGCCUGGGUGGACCUCCCAGCUGACUUCAGGACAAUCUGCUGUGUCUCCCUUGCUGGCCUGCUCCUCCCACAGGGCCUGUGAGAUGCUCACAAUUGGGUCAACCUUUAGGCUGAAUCACCCCUUGGGUCUCUUAAAAGUUCAGUCCCAAAAUGCUUGACUCGGCCUACUUGGAUCAGCUCCAAUGCUUGGUUAGACGAUUGGUCAUUCUAAAUUCGGUGAGUUAAACAGCUGUCAACUUGAUCAGUUCCACCAAGAAACCAACGAAUCAGUCACUCGCUUGUCAGUUCAGUAAAACAGUUUGGUCCAUUGCAUUGGUCUGUAAACAGGUCAGUUCACAUGGCAAUUUAGUUGUCAUCAAUUAGCCAGACCUUCUCAAAUAUAUAUACACACAUAUAUAGAAUCAAUUUCUUCAGAUAGCUUGCUUAAGCAAUUAUCAAUUAGUGAACUAUAAGUCAUUUAGUAUAGUAAUGAAUAGAAUAGUGACAGAAUUCAAUAAGAAAAUCAAGUUAGCCCCCAAAUCAUUUAAUUCAAAUUAACCCAACAACUGGCUGCCCACUCUGGUCACUUUAGUAACUCUUGAGUGGCCAUGUAAUUGUUAAUUCAAAGGAUAAAUGUUGUCACACUGUUAGCUGCAGAAAGUAACAGUAGUUUAAGUAUGAAACAGUCCCUCCCAACAUACAACCGUCUUGCUGCAGAGUUGCUGUCACCAGUGGUCAAAUGCUUGUUGAGCCAGUCCCUUUGUGGUCAGUGUAGUCACAUAGUGGUGGAUAUCAUGAAGUCACCUCUAUCCCAGUCACCUUUACUAACCAGCUAUCAGUCCAUUGCAUGGGCCAGGCCAUCACUGCCAUUGAUUCAGUCAUAGGCAAGUUAGUUCCCCCCAAGAGUUGUGGUCAAGCAGUAAUUUAGCCCCGCAGUCGGGCAUGUCUGUUUGUUGGGCUAACUCCACAGGUCAGUUUGGUGGAAAUAGGCAAACUCCUGUGGGUGCAGACCCUGCUGUUCAUGAUGGUGGUGGUUACAAAACUGGCUCUAGCACCCCUCUUUAGCCUGCUUCCCUGUAAGCCAGGGAUCCUGAAGGAGCUGACCCAGAAGUGGGGAUGGGGCCCUGGGGUCUCUGGGGCUUGCAGGGGGCACAGAAGCCUGGGGGAGGCUUCCACUGACACCCCUUUGUGUAAUCGCUUUUGUGUGACUGGGAGGAAGUUUCAAUAAACCAGUAACAAGCUUC